UAGUCUCCUAAUGUUCCUCAACAGGGUUUCUUUUCUAUAUGUUUAAUCAUUCUAGCUUUAAGAAUGUUUUCCAUCAAUUUCCAUGAGAAAUAAGCUACUCAGGAUAUGACUUUGUUGCCCUGCUUUGAUGUAGGGAAGGUUAAGCAUUUAUUUUUCUUUUCUUUUAUAAACUAAUAUACUUCUGAGUUCCUAAGGAGGGAGACAUGUAUAUAGAAACCACCAUCUUAUUUUUGGGGUGGCUCUGUUUCACGUCCAAACUGAUUGGCAUUAAACCACCUAAGUUUAGCAUUACAGCAAACUCAAUUCCAGCUGUCCACACUGUGUUGCUUUCAGUGGAAAUGCACAUCCACAUUUUAGCAUUAGUCAUGUAAUAACUUCUAAGAACAUAACAAGAGUGGAAUCCAGGGUGACAGGGUGUUUCUUCCAGGAACACACACACACACACACACACGUUUAUAAUUUAGAAAUAAAUUAAUCUUGAGUAAUGUUUCCAUUUUUAAAAGAUCAAAAAUAGCCCUGAUAAAAGGAUUCCUGGGUCUUCUAUUGAGAUUUUUCCAGUGCAACCUCUUUCUACAUAAUAGCAACCUUUAAUCCAGACCCCUCAUUUUCCUUCCUCUCAGUUAUAGUGCUUGUCAACUUGCAUUACAGAUGAAUAACAGAGAAACAUAAAGACAUACCCUUGGGUAGAACACUUGCUCAGCUUUGCAGGAUGGGAAAGCUUCAUCAUACAAAAUAAUUGCAGUAGUAAGUGAUAAUAACUGUAACAUUUUACAAUCCUGACUGAGCACCAUGGGGUAUCUUUUAAGAAAGAAAACAAUGAAUACCAUAGAACUCUAAUAAUGCCCAUUUAAAACAAAGAAACUAGAACUAUGUGAAUUGGUCAGAAUUUCUCUGAAUACAUCAUCCCUUCUGGAUAAACGAUGCCCAAUUCCAGAAAAACCGUGCAGUUCACAGACACAGUAGUGCAAUUACUGCUAACUAUAGUUUAUGUCAAGUGAAGAGAACUCUUUCCAGCCCAAGAGCCUUCUUGGGGUCAUGUGCUGUUGCUAGACCAGGCCAGAGGCAAAGGUGAGCAGAAAAGUUGAUGUGAACUUUUAUCAUUGUACAAUAGGUUAUCUAUCCCUCUAGCAAGUAGCAUUGUCAGGGAUCAAGGAUGCAUUCCAGCCAGGCAAAAGCACCGAAGGAGGGCCCCAAACAGGUCUGCUAAGGAGUGUGGCAAGGAAGAAGUUAUGGGCUGGGGAGAGUCCCAGGGGUCAGAAACAGAAGCCUGGGGUCCCCACUACCGUAGUCUCAUUGCUGAGCAGAAACAUGCAGAGCUUAGUGGAGUGGGAGGCCAGCCAGCCAUAAGACUCUCUGAUGUGUACUUGCCUGAAUACAGAGUCGGCAUCCAAAGUUGGGUCCAGUCCUAGGGUCAAGUAAACUGCAAUCCAUGUGGUCAAACGGACCAGGGCUCGGAAUCAGAUGAUCAGGUGGCCAAGACAAGCAGGAAACACCAAGGUAGGGCCAGGAACUACAAGCAUUCUUACCAGCAUCUACUGCUGGAAGCUCUGCUUAAGAUGGCUGAAGAUGGUUCUCACCAGUGUCGUCUUCUCUGUGUCCUUGAACGCUGAUCAGCUGCAGGUGGAGUCACUCCGUCUUCUCCGCCUUCAGGCUGCUGUUCCACAGGCCAAGCUGACUCCUGGCCCAUGACACCCCAUGCCCGUUUUAUGCAAAUAAGCCAGAAUUAUGAUUUGAAGCUUGUUUAUUAACAAACCAUAGUUAAAAGAUAACCACAAUUUGUCAAGGUUCAAGCAUAACAAACCAUGGUUAACUGAAAAUGGAAGCAUAUCCUUCCACAAUUCUUUGCUACAGCUUUGCCAGUAGCGAAGGCCUAGCGGCAAACAAGUAGGCCCCUCUUCCUCAACUUGCUGAUAGUUAGAAAAGGCAAAGGUCAGAGCUGAGUUGUGUGUGUAAGCUAGAAGCUGGUGGAAGAAGGCUGAAGCCUGCCAGGUAGAGAAAUGUCUGGUUUCUGCUUGCAUACAAGGCUGUGGCUAUGGGGGAAGCAAUACCUUCUUGGAGUGUUAAUGCUGUGAACCCCUCCAUCGUAGACUCAAAUUGUAUAUAUGUGUGAAUAAACCAUUUGCCAUAAAGACACGACAGUCUUCACUGUACCUCAUUCCGAAGGAAACAUGGACCCUGAGGAAGUGCCUGGAACUCCUGGAAUCUCACACUGCUCAGAGAGUGGGGUAGCGUGCAACAAUAUGUAACACUAAGCUGUUUAUUUACUAUCUUGCAUUCCAGGCAAAGAUUGUCUCCCUAAGCAGCUCACGUCAAAAAAAAGAAAAAACAUAGACAGGCAUUGCCCUCAGGCUUAUAAACUAGAAAGUGAAGACACAAGGAAAAGGGGUUGAGGUGAAUGGUGCAGGAGGGAGAUCAGUUUGACAAUGCCAGAACAAAAUCAUAAACUGCAAAAAAAAAAAAGGCAUUUAUAUCCAUGUGGAUCUUGCUGCUUGUCUUGCUUGUACAGUGGUACCUCGGGUUACAUAUGCUUCAGGUUACAGACACCCCUAACCCAGAAAUAGUACCUCGGGUUAAGAACUUUGCUUCAGGAUGAGAACAGAAAUUGCACUGCGGCAGCAGCGGGAGGCCCCAUUAGCUAAAGUGGUGCUUCAGGUUAAGAACAGUUUCAGGUUAAGAACAGACCUCUGGAACGAAUUAAGUACGUAACCAGAGGUACCACUGUAUAGAGGUGCUGAAACUGACCCAGCAAUCCUUGUUCCUCUGUGUUGUGGCAAAGGCUUCCUCUCACUCCUGAAGCCCAAGGGCAAUUGGUAGUUGGAGCGAAAUGUGGCAGGGUGUGGGGGAAAUGAGCUACCUGCAGCUCCUCAUUCUCAUCCUUUGGCAGAUGUGUGGGGCUAGGCUGGUCUUUUUGACAAGAUGUUCAUCCUAGAAGGCAGAGGAUGCAACCUGCCAGUGACUUUUCUCCCCACACAAUAGUAGAGACCAGUGUUUCCCCAGUUCAAACUAUGGUUUAGUGUUACACGAGAACGAAGCCACAAGCUCACUUUGUGAAGCAAUCUUCAUGGUGUUGUUUCUCUUUUUAAGUAAAAGUUUAAAAGUCAAGGAAUAGCAGUAGUAAUACUACUAGCACUACCAUUCAAGGACACUGAAUAGGAUUUCAAAUACAAUAGUACAUAGAAAAUAUAUCAAUAUAGUAGUUUUGAAUUAAAUCCAGAAUUGUACUGAUCCUAUAUUCUUAUCUAAAGUAAAGCCUUCCAGAAAUCUUUACAAUCAAUUAUUAUUCACCAAUUAUUUAGUUGACUGCCUCUCAGUGAAAUCACACUUAAGCUUAAAAUAGGGUUAGUUUGAAGUGGAUUAUACUAGGAAAAUACAUAAACUUCCACACGCCAUAUAAGCCGGUGGAAAAUAGUUCCCUACUAUAUUUUGGAGAGGUUCUGUACUGCAUAACAGAUUAAAUGUUUAUAUUCAGGGGACUAUAGGGAAUGAUAGCUACAUCUGGUUUAUGAACCCUGUUUCUAUUGAAAUGAUUUUCAAACUUAUGUAGCAGCUGUUUUCAGGCUUUCUAACAGAAUUCAUCUGUAUUUGUCUCACGGGGUGUUGUGCAUCGGCAAUGCAUCUACAACGCUUUCUUGCCUUUUCUGUAUAACGCUGGCUGUAUCAGUUGACAACAGGUCUGUGCGCUUUUCCUUUUUAAUGAAGUAAAAUUGCCUAGAACAUGGUUUCAGAGUAUAGUGCUAAAGAGAGCCUUUCUAAAUUUUUGAACACUAUUUCUUAGUGAUGCAGAUGCUUUGAAUGUCUGCUCUUGGGCAACAUUCAAGCUGAAUAUAAACUAUUAGUGGUGAAAUUCCACCCUGGUAUAACAUGUUGCUUUAGUGCUAAUUUUGUUGCCAUAGUUACCAAGUUCCUUUUGAUACAGUUAGCAAUGCCAAACAUUUUGCUUGUUGAGUUCUCCUAUCAGAACAUCUCAGUUGACUCAUGUUGGAGAAUUAUUGUGGGUAUUCUUAGAAUUAUGCAAUCUCCAUCAUGAUGUACCAGUAUCUCUUCCAUCAUGGAGAGUGAAUCUGAACUUUCUUCCCAAAUGUUCUUUGGGAAACACACAAUGGCAAGACCUUUGAUGUGCCUAUUGAUGAAGAUAGGAACAUAGGAACCUACCCAGGAGUUGGUACUAUUUUACCGUCCUCUUUGGUCAUGAAGGACAGAAGCCACUUGAGCUCCGUUGUGAGGAGGAAGCAGAUGGGGAAGAAUGGGUAGAGGCUAUUCACCAAGCCAGCUAUUCAGAUAUCCUGAUUGAACGGGAAGUUUUAAUGCAAAAAUAUAUUCAUCUAGUUCAGAUUGUAGAGACAGAAAAGAUUUCAGCCAAUCAGUUACGACAUCAGCUUGAAGACCAAGACACAGAAAUUGAAAGGCUUAAAUCAGAGAUUGUAGCUCUUAACAAAACGAAAGAACGAAUGCGACCUUAUCAAGGCAACCAAGAAGAAGAAGAUCCUGAUAUUAAGAAAAUCAAAAAGGUUCAGAGUUUUAUGCGAGGUUGGUUGUGUAGAAGAAAAUGGAAGACAAUUGUCCAGGAUUACAUUUGUUCUCCACAUGCAGAAAGUAUGCGAAAGAGAAAUCAGAUCGUUUUCAACAUGGUUGAGGCUGAAUCUGAAUACGUACAUCAGCUUUACAUCCUUGUGAAUUGUUUUCUAAGGCCGUUAAGAAUGGCUGCAAGUUCAAAGAAACCACCAAUUAGCCAUGAUGACGUCAGUAGUGUAUUCCUCAACAGUGAGACUAUAAUGUUUCUUCAUGAAAUAUUUCAUCAAGGAUUAAAAGCAAGAAUAGCAAACUGGCCUACUUUAAUUUUAGCUGAUUUAUUUGAUAUCCUGCUGCCAAUGCUGAAUAUUUAUCAAGAAUUUGUUCGGAAUCAUCAAUAUAGUCUCCAGGUCCUUGCAAACUGCAAGCAGAACAGAGAUUUUGACAAACUUUUGAAGCAGUAUGAAGCCAACCCUGCCUGCGAGGGCAGAAUGCUCGAGACAUUCCUUACUUACCCCAUGUUUCAGAUUCCUAGAUAUAUAAUAACCCUCCAUGAACUUCUGGCUCACACACCGCAUGAGCACGUAGAAAGAAAAAGCCUUGAAUUUGCUAAAUCUAAGCUAGAAGAGCUUUCAAGAGUGAUGCAUGAUGAAGUGAGUGACACAGAAAACAUACGGAAAAAUCUGGCAAUAGAAAGAAUGAUAGUAGAGGGUUGUGAUAUAUUAUUGGACACCAGCCAAACUUUUAUACGACAAGGUACUCUUAUUCAAGUACCUUCCGUUGAGAGGGGGAAGCUUAGUAAAGUUCGCCUGGGAUCAUUGUCUUUGAAAAAAGAAGGAGAAAGACAAUGUUUUUUAUUUACAAAACACUUUUUAAUUUGUACAAGGAGCUCUGGAGGAAAGCUGCAUCUACUUAAGGCAGGAGGUGUUCUCUCGUUAAUAGAAUGCACACUAAUUGAGGAGGCUGAUACGAAUGAUGAUGACUCGAAAGGUUCUGGGCAAGUAUUUGGACAUCUUGACUUUAAGAUUGUGGUCGAACCAGCAGAUGCUCCUCCUUUUACCAUUGUCCUGUUAGCCCCUUCACGGCAGGAAAAAGCAGCCUGGACAAGUGACAUUAGUCAGUGUGUUGACAACAUACGGUGCAACGGUUUAAUGACCAUAGUAUUUGAAGAAAACUCCAAAGUCACUGUGCCACAUAUGAUCAAAUCUGAUGCACGUCUUCACAAAGAUGACAUUGACAUCUGCUUCAGCAAAACACUAAACUCCUGCAAAGUGCCCCAGAUUCGUUAUGCAAGCGUUGAACGCCUUUUGGAGAGAUUAACAGACUUGCGAUUUCUCAGUAUUGAUUUCCUUAAUACUUUCCUACAUACUUAUCGCAUAUUUACUACUGCAGCAGUUGUCUUGGAGAAACUGUCGGAUAUAUACAAAAGGCCUUUCACCUCAAUCCCUGUUAGAUCUUUGGAAUUGUUUUUUGCUACUAACCAAAACAACAGAGGAGAACACCUGGCUGACGCAAAAUCACCACACCUUUGCCGCAAAUUCUCUUCCCCUCCGCCUCUAUCACUCUCUAGGACUUCCUCGCCUGUCAGAACCAGAAAACUGUCACUAAGUUCUCCACUAAAUUCUAGGAUAGGGGCUUUAGAUCUGUCUACGACCUCUCUUGCCAGUAGUCCUACCUCAACAUACAGCCCUGCCACUUCACCACCACCCACGCUAUCUAAAGUACCACUGGACCUUAGCAAAGGCCCUUCAUCUCCAGAACAAAGUCCUGGCUUUGCAGACGAAAACUCAGAGAAUCCACGUAUUGAGCUUUGCAACAAACUAAGGAGAAGCAUCCGAAGAGCAGCGGUUCUGGAAUCUGUAUCAGUGGAUCGCACUAUCCCAGAAAGUGCCUCAACUGUGGAUACUCCUGAGCUCUCCCCGUGUAGAUCUCCUUCGACUCCACGACAUCUACGUUAUCGACAGCCAGGGGUACAGGUGACUGACAACAGUCAUUGUUCCGUUUCCCCUGCUUCUGCUUUUGCUAUUGCUACAGCUGCAGCUGGGCAUGGGAGCCCACCAGGGUUUAAUAACUCUGAACGAACAUGCGAUAAGGAGUUCAUAAUACGUCGAGCAGCCACUAAUCGUGUCCUGAAUGUCCUUCGCCACUGGGUCUCAAAGCAUUCUCAGGAUUUUGAGCUAAACAAUGAACUGAAGAUGAAUGUUCUAAAUCUGCUAGAAGAAGUUUUGAGAGAUCCUGACCUUUUGCCACAAGAAAGAAAAGCUACAGCAAACAUCUUGAGAGCACUCUCUCAGGAGGAUCAAGAUGACACCCAUUUAAAAAUUGAGGAUAUAAUGCAGAUGUUAGAGUGUCCAAAACCAGAGUGCUUUGAAACUUUAUCGGCUAUGGAACUCGCUGAACAAAUCACUCUCCUAGAUCACAUUGUUUUCAGGAGCAUACCCUAUGAAGAGUUCCUUGGACAGGGUUGGAUGAAACUGGAUAAAAAUGAAAGAACACCGUAUAUAAUGAAAACCAGUCAACACUUUAAUGAUAUGAGCAACCUUGUGGCUUCCCAAAUUAUGAAUUAUGCUGACGUUGGUUCACGUGCUAAUGCAAUUGAGAAAUGGGUAGCGGUGGCAGACAUCUGCCGAUGUUUGCACAACUAUAAUGGUGUGCUUGAAAUCACAUCAGCCUUGAACAGAAGUGCAAUCUACAGACUGAAGAAAACCUGGGCUAAGGUUUCUAAACAGGCUAAAGCCCUUAUGGAUAAACUUCAGAAGACUGUAUCAUCUGAGGGAAGAUUUAAGAAUCUCAGAGAAACACUCAAGAAUUGUAAUCCGCCUUCAGUGCCAUAUCUCGGGAUGUACUUGACAGACCUGGCAUUUAUUGAAGAAGGAACACCCAACUUUACUGAAGAAGGCCUUGUCAAUUUUUCCAAAAUGCGAAUGAUAUCACAUAUUAUCAGGGAGAUACGACAGUUCCAACAGACUUCCUAUCGCAUAGAAUACCAACAAAAGGUCACUCAGUACUUACUUGACAAGAGUCUCAUCAUAGAUGAAGAUACUUUGUAUGAACUAUCCCUAAAAAUUGAACCUAGGCUGCCUGCCUGAAAAAAAUAUCAGUGCUGUCCUUCAGCCUACAGAGAACUUUAGAGUAAUGGGGAAAUUAUGCAUGAUGUGCCCCCCUACAGAAUGCAAGGGGGAAAGCUGGAAGAAAUUCAAAUUCCCUUUUCGAUUGAGGGACUCAGAGCCUCACAGAGAUUCCUUUUUGGGCACAGAGAAGCAGUUGCUGGAAGUAAAAGACCAAACGCCAGAGAUGUUGAUUAAACAGCUGUUGUUUUGCAAACGUGACAGUUUAGUGAAACAGAGACCUAAUGAAGAAGAAAGGAAAUGGCUGUAAUAACCACACUGAAUGAGGCAAUAAUGGGGCAAAGUUAAGUAUGGAUAACACAUUCCAUUAGACUUCAAUGAAUGAGGAAAUACAAGUGUAAAGCAAGAGGCUUUGCCUACCCUUAUUUGGAUACAAUGCAGGAUCCACAAAGAGCAUGCAAGGAACUACAUAUUUUGAUCCAGUUUGCAAUUCAUCGUGUCCGUUGUAAAGUAAUAUUUUAAUCCGUAGAUGAUAAUAUCUAAGAGCAUCAUCAACUGCAUUUGUUAUUUAAACCAUUCAUUCAAAGUAUCUUAUUUGUCAAUAAAUCCUGGUAUCUCCUUUCCCCAAAAGGCUGGGGAGCAGAGAUGCAGCAUAUUAAAAGCUA